CUUGGAACUGGUUGGCCAACAUCAUCAGCUGUUGUUCAAGUCGGUGGACUGUACUGUGUUCCGCCAAAAGCCUUACCGUAUGAACUAGAGUCUUUUGUCAACGAUUCCGGGGAUGCUGGAUUCAUCCUCGUCAGUUUCGGUUCUAUUAUGAAAGGAGAAGAAAUAUCAGAUGGUAUACGACGUUUUUUGCUGUCGACUUUUGCCAAGUUAACACAUAGAGUUGUCAUGAAAUGGGAAAAUGAAAGUAAAUUCGGACGUGAUGAAAUAAUUCCACAUAAAGUUAAACUGUUACAUUGGCUACCUCACCAAGAUCUUCUUGGUCAACCAAAGAUCAAAUUAUUCAUCAAUCAUGGUGGACUGAACAGCAAACAAGAAGCUAUUUAUCACGGCGUUCCCUUCAUUGCUCUGCCCAUCUUUGCACAUCAACCCGUCCAGAAGGUUCGAGACGAUGGCUACGCCAUUUUGCUCGAUUGGGAAAAUUUAGAGAAAAAUAUUUUAUUUUAUUCUAUUCAAUUGGCGCUCUCCGAGCCGAGUUUUUUUUGUGAAAACUAUCAAUAAAGACUUUUUAAAAGAAAAUAUUAAUUACUUUUAGG